CAUCACCCUUCUCUUCUUCUUCCCACCUCCGUCUCCCUCCUCGUACACCUUGCUCCCGGGUCGUUAAUCAGUCUUAUCCUGACCUCUGUCCGCCCCUUCAUCAACUAGUACAUUCCCGCAUAAUCAACCCCUCCUACCUUGUCAAUCCCCUCUUCUCACCAGACACCAUACCUCAACAACAUCCAUCGCAAUGGCACAAGCAGGACGUUCUAGCCAUUCAUCGUCACAUAUGAUGAAGACGACCAAGCGCGGUCGGCCGUUCCUCAAGGAUACACUCGAUCUGUUCGCGACUCUUGUUGUCUCCCUUGACCUGACAACACAUCGGCAGUUCUUCCGUCAGAUCCCAAACAGUUUUACUACUGAUGAAGCAUGUGCGAACUUGGCCAACCUGAAGUUUUCCCAAUCCACUCGCGGGCCGGACCCCAAAGACCCAACAAGGAUCGUGACAACUACGACAACGACUACGUUCUCCAUGUCCCGGGAAAUGGCCAAGUCAAUGUGCCAGCACUUCAUGGAUGCUCGCUUGAUUGAGAACGCUGGCGACAGGCAGUCGAACAUCUUCAAGGAUCGUGGAACAUAUCAGGUCACACCGAAGGGAUUGCACAUUCUCGAACGGUUCAUCACCAAGAACGGCAUGACGGCGGAUCAUCUCGUCAAAGUGUUCGCCACCCAGCCGAUCUGCAUGAAGCUUCUUCACCUCGAGCGUCGGGCAGAAGAUGACGACAUCAUCAUCUCGCAGACUCCCAUUGUGGACUUGUUCCGUCGAUUUGCAGGACGUCAGCCCAACUACCCUACCACGUCGGAGACCAACAUGCCACCUGACCCGGCACAAGAGCACCACGAGCGCGCAAAAGGCAUCUUCCUCCAGGAUGUGACCGAGCGUGUUGACGGCCAGAAGGGUCCCCAACUCUUCCGCUACUGCUUCUACUCCCCUGCCGCGCUCGACUGGCUCUGCGAUUUCUCAAGCAUUGUUGCCCGUGAUGAGGCCGCAGAGCUCAUGGCUCAUUUUGUUAGGUACCAGCUCAUUCAAUAUGUAACGGAUCAUUCGAGCAGGAGGGAGGAUACGAUCAGCUUCGAGGUCAAGGGAGGGCCGGGUACCUCCAUCCGGGCCUUGCCGAAGGCCGAGUUCAUUUGCAACCCGAAGACUUUGUACCGCCUCACCGAUGAGGGCCAGCGCACUGCUCGCUGGAACGUACCAUCGCGGGCUGGUGGUGCUUCUGGUGCUGCUACUGCUGCCAACGGAGGGGACCAAAGUGGACGUCCAUCCGAGGACAGCAGUGAAGUUCACGCCACAGACAUCAACUACGGCCCCGGUGCUGGUCCGACUGCAGGACCGAAGGGUAUGGCGGCCGCGCAGGAAGCUCAGGCGCAACUGCAGCGCAAGGGAUCCGUAGCGGAGCGAAUGAACAAACUUGAUGAUGGCUCCGCACACGACUCACCCAAGGAGAGCAACACGGAUCGGUUAAAGUUUAUUCUUGCUGAGCCUGCGCUGCGUUCUCUGUUCCGUGACUUCUUGCGCGGCAACUUCUGUGAAGAGAACUUAUCCUUCUGGUUGGAGGUGGAAGACCUGAAGCGCCGCUUCGUCACUUCCUCGUCUGCCUCUGCAGCCAGCGCAGUCCCAACCGCAGGCAAGGGCAGUCAGAUGGAGAAGCAUCAGGACGGACUGAUCAAGAUGGCCUUUGUAAUCUUCAACACCUUCCUGGCGCAUUCGUCCCCAUGCGAGCUGAACAUCGACCACGGGUUGAGGAACGAGCUGGAUGCGUACCUCAGCAACGUGCUUUCGGUGGAUGGGAAGGGUUUCGUGGGCAAGGUCGAGCCCGCACAGACGGCCCAGUUUACCGCCACCCAGUUGCAAAACAUGAUCCGCUUGUACGAGCGUAUCCAGAACCAUGUUUUCCGGCUGAUGGCAACCGACUCGGUCCCGAAGUUCGUCAAGACGAGGCAGUUUGUCCAGCUUCGUCAAUAUGUGCAAGGCUUGGAACAGGUGGACGCCGAUAUGCGUCUGGCGGUCGAGACGGUUGGCUCUCCGCCCAGCGCGCCCGUGGGCGUGUCACAUGAGUAUGGCGACUACGGGGAAGAGCCUGCCGGCAGGACGUACAUGACUAUCUCCACUGCGGCGAACGAGAAGGCGCGUGCACUGGCUACCAAGGCAGACGCGAAGCGUGUUGGGGCCGGCGCCACCACCGCUGCUCGAUGAUGACAGGGCCUUUUGUUGCUUUGUUCCUAUGUUUCCGUUCCUGUUCCUGUUACAUGCCCAUCAUCACGUUCAUGAUUCACUUCAUCAAAUCUCCCCCUGCUUCCUCCUGACGCCGCAUGCUGCUUUGUGCGUGUGGGCCAAGGCGCAUAAUUUCCCUUUUUCGUCACUGCCGCUGCUUUUCCUUCUGUUGUCUUAUUCCACUGUCUUUGGGAAUUGUCCGGCUGGACGACACGCAUCUCAACGUCGCCCUUACAAAGCAAAAAUUAUUGUAUACGAGUAAUAGCCACCAACCAGGGUGGUGACCAAUGAUCA